GCUGUGAGCACGUGAGGCUUCUCCUCCUAGGCCAAAGGGAGGAGCCUUGUAUGGCAACCCCCUUCUACAGCAUUGGCAGCCACCAGGCCCUGGUGGGUGUGUGGGGGGGUCCAGUCCCAGUUGAGCUCCUCCUGCUUUCUUUGCUGCCCUGGUGGAGCUCAGCCCCAUAGCUCCCCCCGCCCUUUUAACUUGCGCGGCUUCCCUCUGUCACCAGCCAGCGCUAGUGCGUGUGAAAGGAGGAAGCGGAGAGGGGCGGGAGGAGAGCGAUAGUAGGGGAAGCAGAAUCAAAACAAGCGGGACACGCCUUUUCCCCUGGCGCUGCUUCCCCCCGGGCCGGGCGGCUGGGUGUGCAAGUGUGUGCGCAGCGGGGCUGGGCUGGCCGCGGGUGCCCGCCCGGGAGGGCCGGGAGCACUCAGCCUGGGAAAGCCGCAGCCAGCUCCUCUCUCCUUCCUGGGCGCCCUGUUUGCAAUGGAGCCGCAAUGAGCCGGGGGUAGCAGCAGCCGCCUCCUCACCAGUAGCCGCCUCAGCCGCCUGCUCCAGCUCCGCGAUGCCGAACCAGAAGAGCAGCAAGGGCAAGAAGAACAAGCGCGCUAACAGCAGCGGGGACGAGCAGGAAAAUGGAGCCCUGGCCCUGGCGGCGGCGGCGGGCGCAGCGAUGGGAGCGGCGGCCGCCGCGGUCGGGGCGGCUGGAGGAUCGGGAGGAGCAGCGGCCGCGGCGGCGACGGCCGGAGGCGGUGGCGGCGGCGGAGCGGUGGCUGCAGCCGGCGCGGGUCCCAGCGACAGCAAGAGCGAAGCACCUUGUGCUACUCCACUGAUCUGUAGCUUUGGAAGGCCUGUUGAUCUAGAAAAAGAUGACUACCAGAAGGUUGUAUGCAACAAUGAACAUUGUCCCUACAGCACCUGGAUGCACCUUCAAUGUUUUUAUGAAUGGGAAAGCAGCAUUCUUGUUCAGUUUAACUGCAUUGGCAGAGCAAGGAGUUGGAACGAAAAGCAAUGUCGUCAAAACAUGUGGACAAAAAAGGGAUAUGAUCUUGCUUUUCGCUUUUGCUCCUGCCGAUGUGGGCAGGGUCACUUAAAGAAAGACACAGACUGGUACCAAGUGAAGCGAAUGCAGGAUGAGAAGAAGAAAAAGUCGGUGUCAGAGAAGAGCACAGGCAGGUCCAUGGCAGAAUCUGUGGAAGAUGCUAAAAAGUGCAGGCCUGUCAACAAGCCACAAAAAGGUUUAAAUCAUGAUAUCCAGCGAAGGCAUUCGAUGGACAGGCAGAACUCUCAAGAGAAAGGCAUAGUUAGUGGGAGCUAUGCAGUUCGUUCUCCCUGUGGCUCUCCUGGCCAGUCCCCUCCUACAGGCUACUCUAUUCUUGCCCCUGCACAUUUUAGUGGCCCUCGUUCGUCACGAUAUUUAGGAGAAUUUUUAAAGAAUGCUAUUCACUUAGAACCUCAUAAAAAGAACAUGACUGGUGGUGGCAUGUUCAGGAAUGCCCAUUUUGAUUAUGGGGCAUCUGGAUUGCAAAUGCAUAGAUCAGGACAUUUUGAUGCCCCUGUGCAAUUUUUAAGAAGGCUUGACCUAUCUGAGCUACUUACUCAUAUACCCAGGCAUAAAUUGAAUACUUUCCAUGUGCGGAUGGAAGAUGAUGCCCAAAUGGGUCAAGGGGAGGACCUACGGAAAUUUAUUCUUGCAGCACUUAGUGCCAGCCACAGGAAUGUUGUAAACUGUGCGCUGUGCCACAGGGCACUGCCCGUAUUUGAACAGUUUCCGCUAGUGGAUGGAACCCUGUUUCUUAGUCCAUCGAGACACGAUGAAAUUGAAUAUGAUGUUCCCUGUCACCUUCAAGGAAGGCUUAUGCACCUCUAUGCUGUUUGUGUCGACUGCUUAGAAGGAGUUCACAAAAUUAUCUGCAUUAAGUGCAAGUCCCGAUGGGAUGGAAGCUGGCAUCAACUGGGAACCAUGUAUACCUAUGAUAUUCUGGCAGCCUCUCCCUGUUGUCAGGCUCGACUGAACUGUAAGCACUGUGGAAAGCCAGUAAUAGAUGUACGGAUUGGGAUGCAGUAUUUCUCUGAAUACAGCAACGUCCAGCAGUGCCCGCACUGUGGAAAUCUAGACUACCACUUUGUGAAGCCAUUCUCUUCAUUUAAAGUUCUGGAGGCUUAUUGACGAAAGCUUUGCUUUAGUAAUAGCUAUUUUAUGGGUAUUACUACUUUAUUAGACACCUUUUUAUAGGAUCCAUUCUGUGACAAAAUUAAUUUCUUUUCUAACUGAAAGAGCAGCUUCUUUGUGUGUCUAUGUACAUAUAAUAUUAAUAUGUAUAUACGUGUUACUAAGACCUGGUCCUCCUGACAAGAUUUCAGCAAAGGGUGGAGGCAAGCCAACUAAUGCCAAGAGUGGGGGAAAUUUCAGCUUAAAUGGUUUGGUUUUAAUUUUUGUAUCAUCACAGAAGAGCUUAAAGGGGUGGAAAGGUUUUUAGAAAACAGGAUGAGCCCCAUUUGGAAAUGGAAGAUUUUGUGGGCCCACCACCCUUAGGGCUUGGUGAGAGGGGAAAUCUUCAUGAAGGACCCAAUCUUGUUACCACUGAAUUCUUUAGGAUCUUUAUCAUUGACUUCAAUGGGAGCAGGAUUAGACCUAAAAAAAUCUUAAAUUAUAUUAGCUGGUCUGCUUUCAGAUUCCCAGAAUUGGGUAAACUAAAAUAUUGUGACGAGUGAAUGUAAAUCUGUGCCAGAAAAUGUUACCUGAAAAUCUUUUUUGGCAUGGUGUCUUCCUGCAGUAUAUAUUUCAUGAGAGUUACCCUCACUGACAGAUUGUAUGGAGAUAGUACUGUUUCCACCAGUGUUGUAAUUUUAGCAGUCAGGUCAAUUGUUUAUACAAAAACAAGCUUGAUUUUAAUACACUUUAUUUAAAGUUAUUUGCUUUGCAAAUAUUUUUAGAACUUUGUUGUGAUGCACAGAAGGAACAUAAAGGAAGAUAUGGUCCAUUGAAAACCAGUUAUGAAGGGGUGUGUGUGUGUGCACACGUGUGGGGCGGUUGGAACUUUAGACAGCAUGCCUGAGGCUGGUAUGACUGACAUGUAAAGAGGAUCUUGAAAAAUAUGAUCUGGGCUGAGUCAGAUCUGUGAGCACUGUGAGGUAUUUGUGCCAUAUUAGUAUGAGAAUGCAUCAUGACUUUAUUUCAAAUAAAGUUUUUAGUACAUUUGCUGAAAUAGCCACUGCACCUUAGUCUUUCAAAAAUAUGUAAAUCCAGAUAUUGUCCAAUUGAUUCUGAGGACUUGGAAAUGAUGUGUAUUUUAAAAAAGUUGAGUGUAAUUCCUCUUUACAUUCCCACAUGUAAUAGACUAUACCAGAUAAUGAAUUGGUAUCAGAGGGGUUGUCUCCAUAGUUUGCCAAUGUUCUCUUUCUUUGUUUCCCUAUUUUUCUUCUGUGCAAGAAUUUAAAAAUAAAAAGUCUAUUACUUGACUCCUCAAGAUCAAUCUAAGUUUUCUUCAUACCACAUUCAUCACUAUGGUAUCUGUUAUCACAUUAAAAAAACUAACAGUAUUUAAGUGGUAAGACACUGUUUAUACAACAAAAUAUGGGUUCCCCAGAUUAUAAUUGUUAAUGUUUAUUGCAAGUAUGAAUUUAAAAUGGCUUUGAUAUUCUGCAUAUCCUAUAAAAGAAUGCAAAAAACAUGCAACCAAAGUGGGAGAGAAACAAAAGAAAACUGGUGACCUACUGUAUUGACUGUUUUCUACCUGUUUUUUAAAAAAAAUACCAUAUACCUGGUACUUGAACUCCGUGCCCAGAUUAUUUAGUGACUGAUUUUGUAUUCACAAAGAAACUCAAUGCAUAUUUUUCCUUUCAUGAGGCUAUGGCUUGGACAACAACGCUAUAAAGUUUUGUUGAUAUAGCUAUGUUGGCUAGUAAUGUGGGGGAGGGAGGAAUCACACACACAUACACACCCCCAUAGCCGACAUAACUAUGCUGGCAAAACAACAAAGGUAGACGCUGUACCAACAGAAGUGGCCUUCAGGGAGUUCAGGAAGGUGGUGUAGCUACGCUGGCAGGAUGUCUUCUUUUUUCCUCAUGUGCUCCAUCUCCAGUAGGGUUCUUUGUUAGCAUGGCUAUGACUGAUAAAGGCUCUGUAUUGUAGACAAGACCACUGUCUUCAUGGCAGAGUUUUCUCCUUUCAAGUUAGCCUCACUCGAGUGAGAGAGGCCACUCUGCAAAAUAUAACUUGAGCUGCAGAAAUGUUGUGUUAGCAGCUGAGGUGUUGUGCUAACUUGAGCUGUAGCCUGAAUCCCUUGACAGGCCAGCCAACUUGAGUUAAAAGCAUUUGAGUUAAGGGUUUGUGGGUGGAUGGGUCUAGAGUUAUAAUUCAAGUUAACUCUGCAGUGAAGACAAGCCCUCAAGACAUGUAGACUGUAUUUUGAUACACAGGCGUCACCUGUGCACUCAAUGACUAUUUAGUUAUUUUUCAAAUGAUCUAGCAUGUGUGCCGGAAAGCAUUAUCAAAAUCUCUUUUAACUGAUUUCAUUGUAAAUAUAGUCUACUGCACCCAUCUUAGUGAUCUAAAAUCAUGUUGCAAUGAUUAAACUGCUUUAAACAUAAGGGGAGGAACAAAGGGCACUUGGGGAUUGCUGUAUCAUUCAAUAUUUGGGCCUGAUUCUUCUCUGCCUUGAGUCUCAGGUGGUCAUUUAUACCAGUGCAAAGUGGGUAUCAAAGAAAAUGAGAAUGGUAGCAUGCUAUACCUGCUUUUCACUCACUUUGCAAAGGUGUAAAUGACUAUGCAAGGGAGAGGAGAAUCAGAAUCUUGGUUUCUUUGGGGCUUUCCUAAAUAUUCCAGUUAAUAAACCUUUCAUUCAAUGGCUUAAUUUAUGUAUGACAAUCUGUAGUAUGAGUACAGGCAAAAUAUGACUUUGGCCAUUUUUUAAAAAGGAUAAAGGUAUGACAAAGACUACAGUAUCUGCAAAGCAGUGCCAAGAACUCAACAAACCGUGUGAUGGGAUAAAGCAUGUUUAAGGUUGUCUCGAAAGAAAGUGUUUAGAGGACUGUAGGUGCAACACUGUCCAAGAAAAUAAAACAAUUUAAGUAUUGAGAAACUUUUUAUUUUGCUAUUGAAUGCAUCGAUGUUACUGCUUGAAACAAUGCCUAUUUUCUUAUAAAAAUACAACUUUCAGGUGGGUGUUAGCAUCACAUGGGUAAGAAGUACAGUAUCCUUAUUGAAAGCCAACUGAACUAUAAAAAUAUCCCUCUUACCCUCCCCUGCAAAGUAAAUUGUCCCUAAUUUGAAGAAAAUGCUUUUUGUGCUUCUUGAUGAUAGUGAGAACUGGAUCUCAAGUUACGUUACCUAAAGGUGUAUUUGCUUAACAUACCAACCAAGACCUCAGUCUUGCAAUCUAAUCUGUCCGGAGACCCUUUUUUCCCAUGCAAACUUCAACUGGGCUCUGCACAUGUGCAAGGAUCCAAUUACAGGGUUGGGAUCCAAUGCUAACUUUUAAAAUACACAUUAAGAAUUAAACUGGAAACUUAAAUGGAUUUGCUUUGCAUCUUGGUGAGGGGUGGAAAAUGUCUUGAGCUUUUAAAUGUUUCAACUAGGAAACAAUUUGUCUAGUUUAAAAAGAUGGUUGCUUCGAGUGUCUGGCUCAAGUCGUCCUCCCUGUCCCCCUUUUCCUCCACUGUGGUCUGCUUAAAGUGAUGCAUGUGAAACAUGCAUUCUUAAGCCAUAAUACAGUCCAUUGAAUUUUGGGUGUUGAUUCUGCUCACUCUAUACGCAUGUUACUCCUGUGCAUAGUGAGGACAUGUACUCUUUAUAUCUACAAUCUCCGAAUGAACUUUCCAAAGGAGAUGCUUGCAUUCAGAUAGAUUUUACAUUGCAUAUAUGCAAAUUAUUUUUUCCAUCAAUAGGACUUCUAAAACCAGAUUUUGGUACAUGUGAUUAACAAAACCAGAUAAUUUUACAUACUAAAAUGUAUGAUAUCUUCCAACAUGAACUGGGUGAAAUUCUUGUUCUAUCUGCUGCUACAAAGCCAUUUUAAAAAAUCAAGUACUUUGUACCCUAUUGAGCUAAAAAUACAGAAUUUGCAUUUAUUUGUCUAGUAGUAAUUAGUCUAUAAAAAUGAAUUUCUAAGAUGGUUUAAUUGGAAGAAUAAGUAAAUUUCAGUAAAUGUAUUCUGACCAGAGGGAGACAUUUAACCCAGUUUCUUUAGUUUUAUACUGCUCACUUUACUGUGUCAGGUAACCAUGGACAAAUACAUUGUGAUGUCACCAAUAAAACCAUUUAAAAAACAACAACAACUUGUCAGUAAAGGUUUCUAGAAUGCACUUUUGCAGAGGGAAGAGUAUGUACAUAGCAAAUGAAUGUUGAUGACAUUAAAAUAAUUGGUUAUGAUAUUGUUUGCGUGUGGUGUUAUAGGAUUUUUUUGUUGCAUUUUCUCUGUAUUAAAAAAAGAAAUAAAUUCCGGAAAGCUAA